AUGGCUGCCCAACCCGCUCUGGAUCCACUCAAGAGCUACCUGGCGACUAUUUCCGAGUACUCGACACCCCGUGUCCAGUUCUACUACUCGUCGCUGCCCUCGCGCAAACACUCGAACCCGACAGGCUACUCGGGCGCAAUCUCGUGGUGGCGCAAGACGUUAGUCGAUUUGGUCGCGAGGGGACUGCUCAGUGAUGACAAGCUGCUCAUCCACGUCGACGAGGAGCUGCGCGAGAAGCUGAGGUGGGAUAAGGCGGGCAGGCCGUCCAGUCUUGGGGUAAUUGUCGCCGAACUCGCCCAGACGUCCGACCUCGUACCGACAGUCACCUACCUCUCCUCCCCCGAGCCUCAAACUCUCUCCGUCGUCUCCCUUCUCGCCCGGCCAUUCUGGUGGGGCCUGUCGAGAAUCUGGGGCUCGUCGCGUAGUAUUGAAUACGGCGAAGCGGCAGACGAGAAGGAGUGGGUGCGGCGGCAAGGAGACUACGUCGUCCCAGAUCUGGUCGAGCGAGCCGUUUCGAGCCUGCUACCAAAGCUGCCUGACUUGCACGCCGACGCCCUCUCCCGCCUGUACACCGUCAAGUCGUUCCAGGAGAAACUCGGCUCGCUCUGCUUGCCGAACGUCAAGCUUUCCGAGCGGGACUGUGAAGUCCUUGCAGGGUAUCUUAGCAAGCAGGGACACUGCGCGUUCGAUGGCAAGGUCAUCAAGUUCGCCCCGCCACUCUCCGACCCCGCCAGCAGCUCCUCUCUCACCAUCACCGACGCCGACCGCUCUACCAUCACGCUCCUCACAACCCUCGCCACCCUCUCCGCCUCAAUCACAUCUCUCGAAUCCCGCAUCGCAUCCGAACAAGCGCAGUUCGCCGGAUAUGCGUCGGAAAAGCGGAUGGAGCUUGCGAAGGCGCAUCUGAUAAGCAGGAAGAGGGCGGAGAAGUUGUUGGAGGAGAGGGCGGGGCAGAGGACGAAGGUGCAGGAGGUGGUGUGGGCUAUCGAGCGAGCUAUUGGGGACGAGGAGACGAUGUCGGCGCUCUCGCUCGGCACCUCGACCCUCCGCACCAUCCUCUCCUCUCCGACCCUCCAGCUCGACAAUAUCGAGUCGACCACCUCUCUACUCGACGAGACGCUUAUCUCGGCACAGACAGUCAACGAGGCUGUCGACUCUGUCUCGGCGCCGCUCGCGAGAGAGGUCGAGGACGAGGUGGAUGCUGAGUUGCGGGAGUUGGUCGAGGCGGAGAAGCGCAAAGAGGGGGAGGAAGAGGAGAGGAAGGAGAAAGAAAGGGUCGAGGAGGCUGCGAAGAAGCUGGAAGAGGCGACGAAGGUGCCAGCAACGGCAGAGAAGCGAGAAGAGUCGGCAGAGCGGCAAGAGGAGCGGGAGAAGGCGCUUGCCUAG